UUAUCAGUCCUGGCAUCAUAUCACUUGAUCAACCUCCCGUCUCCCCGAUCAUCCCUCCGUCAACCGGUCAUCCGUCCGUAGGUUGACUUCGACCUUUCCAUUCCUUCCUUAAGCUUCGCCAGUUCAAACUUUCUCCCGGACACAACAAUUCACCAAACCUGAGUUGAAGGGAGAGAGAGCCACCGACACGAUGACUUCGAUAAUACCCGCCCGGGCCAUCAUCCCCUUCCUGGUGGGAAUGAUGUUGCUUACAGGAGUGUGCAAUACGCUCUUGACCAAGUACCAGGACAACCAAUGCGUUCGCAACUGCGACGACCCCGACCCGCUUAAGCGGAAGCACUUCGAGCAGCCCGUCAUCCAGACCCUCCAGAUGUUCGUCGGCGAGAUGGGCUGUUGGCUCGUCGUAGGCAUCAUGUCUCUCUGGAGCCGCUACGUUUCCAAAUCCACCACCUACGAGCGCAUCAACAACCGGGCGGCCGAUGACGAGGAUACCACCAUCCCCGACGACGCCAGCAUCCGCUCCCACACCCCUCUCACCGACUCGCCCGCAUCUUCCAAGUACGACGGCCCCUCGAUCCUCCGCGGCUGGCGCGUCGUGCUGCUCUCGCUCCCCGCCAUCUGCGACAUCUGCGGCACCACCCUCAUGAACGCCGGCCUGCUGCUCGUGGCGGCCUCCAUCUACCAGAUGACGCGCGGCGCCCUGGUGCUCUUCGUCGGCGUCUUCAGCGUCGUUUUCUUGCGCCGCAAGCUGUACGCCUUCCAGUGGCUGUCGCUGGUGGGAGUCAUGGUCGGCGUGGCGCUCGUGGGACUGGCUGGUGCGAUUCAGCCGGAUCAGAAACAUCCUAGUGCGACUGCGGUUGCGGAUGUGGGCGCCGACGCCCUCAAGGUGAUCAUUGGCGUGUUGAUGAUUGCGGGCGCACAGAUCUUUACUGCUACGCAGUUUGUGCUGGAGGAGUACAUCCUGGAGCGGUCCACGAUCGAGCCAAUCCGUGUUGUCGGGUGGGAGGGCCUCUUUGGCUUUACGGUCACGCUCUUGGGCAUGGUGAUCUUGCACUUUGCCAUUGGCCGGACCGAGGCAGGUCGGUAUGGACCGUUCGAUAUGGUUGAGGGGUGGAGGCAGUUUUGGGAGUACAAGUCUGUCUUCAUCUCGAGCAUUUUGAUUAUGAUUAGCAUUGGUGGCUUCAACUUCUUCGGUCUCUCCGUAACCCGCAGCGUGAGCGCCACCUCCCGCUCCACCAUCGACACGUGCCGCACGCUCUUCAUCUGGAUCGUCUCGCUCGGCCUCGGCUGGGAGACGUUCAAGUGGCUCCAAGUCGUCGGCUUCGGCCUGCUCGUCUACUUUACUUUCCUGUUCAACGGCAUCGUCGAGCCGCCGUUCGAAUUCCUCCGCGUCAGCCAGGUGGAGGAGUUGUUGCCUGAGGAGCCUAUUGAACAUAACUAGGUGAACUGGACUAUAGGGUGGGAUACUGUAACAUUCAUACACGGUGUUAUAUGAACGGUAAACAGGGACAUAGUCUGUACUGGUUUUAUGUAGUCUUUUUGGGUAUUUAGUUUGACUUCUCAGUUUGGGUAAGACGGGUAUCACUAGUGUCACUUGUCAUAGGACAUGCUGCUCGAUGGUCAGGGUCGAUAUCAGGUGGUGGGUGAGGUUAGGGACGUAAGGCGUUCAAUAGGUUGGUUUCGGACAGAUGACAAAGGGUCACGAUGGGGGUUCACUUCUGCAGCGAUAGCAUAUAUACACAUAUACAGGUGAUGUAUCAUACAUCACCUUUCAGGCAAAUGAACAAGACAUGUUGAUACUCUAC